AUGCCUAGCAAUUUGAAUGGAUUGCAGUAUCCACAUAUACAAAACACGCACCAGCACAAUUACUUCCCACACACCUCGUCUACUCCGACAUCAGGUGCAACUACAACCUCUUCGUCAUCAUCAUUACAUCAAAACACCGUACCUGCAACUGUUGGAAAUAAUGCAGAUUUUCGGCUAGACCAAGGCGAGCAAAAUCGAAGCAAUAAUAUCAACAACAACAGUAACAACAGUAACAGUAACAGCGGUAACAGAAACAACAGUUUUAAUAAUACUAAUAGCAACAACAACAACAACAACAACGGCAUUAGCAGCAACAGCAGUAGAAUCAAUAGUAACAGUAGCACAAACAAGAGCAGCAUUCUUAGCAACAACAGCAAUAUCAACAACAAUAGUAGCAGCAGCAGUAUCAGUAUCAACAAUAACGGAAUGGCUAACGGCAUCAACACCAAUCAUCUUUCAGGCUCAGCAACAAUUGUGCCGCAAAUGAUCUCAGGGACAGGUUCAACUCCGCACACACAAACAUUUGCAAUCGACUCUCAGAUAGGCUCGAAAUUCACAAAUACGGACCUUCAAAUCUUGCGACAACUCCUCGUUGCUGGCGAAAAACAUAAAUGGAAACAAAUCACUAAAGAGAUCAAUAGUCUGAGUAACCACAGUAAUCAUGUCAUGGCCGCAUUGACCAAAAAGCAACAAAUCCUAAGUGCAAAAAGCUCUCCAUUGCAACAUCAGCACCAACAUCCUUUUGCUUAUGGAGUAAUGGGUAACCCAGCAGAUGGAACCGUUAAUCCAAGAGCAGGAGGACUUCCUCCACCAGACUUGUCACAAUCUCCACCAGGAACAGCAGCUGCACAAGCAGCAGCCGCAGCCGCAGCCGCCGCAGUUGCUGCCGCAGCAACAGGUGCCAAUGGAAUUAAUUCUCCAAUACCAUUGAAAAACGUGAGUCCUACAUUUGUCAUUAAACAAUAUCAGCAACUAUUGGGAUUCCCCAACAAUUCGCUCUAUUUUGGCACUUUGGCAUCAAGUUUGCCAUAUGUGGUUGCGGAAAAAGGAUGGAGUGAUAUUGACCAAAGUGCUUAUGACUAUCAAUUCCACACCGAGGAUGAUUGA